AAUGUUGGAGGCGAUGACGAUGUGGAAUGAAAAUGCAAUGCUGCGUGGUCAGGUAGCUGAACUGAACAGCCAGCUGCAGAUCAAGCAAACGGUAAUUGGUGACCACCAAGAGACUGAGCCGGAGUUUCGAAAAAUCAUUGACAAGAUAACGGCUGAGAGCUUAAUUCUCGAGGAUCGUGCGCCUAUUCUACAGGAUCGAAAGCAUAGUGUAAAAGACAUUUGCGAGGACAUGGUUAUGGCAAUCGAUCAAAGAAUUGUUCAUUUGAAUAGUGAAAGGGAGCUUUAUAAACAAAAACGAGCGAAGAUGCGUCACGUCUUGGACAAGUUUAAAGAAGCUACAGAGGAAUUGGAUGAAAUAUUCAAGGACAGUGAACAAUGUUUUCCAAUAUUGAUAAAGAGAUAUGUGGCCGAAAAUUACGAGAACAUUGAGAGACAUAUCUUAGGCCGCUUUUGGCAAUUUACAUUAGUGAAACAAAAAUUGGAAGAUGGUUCGAUGAUACAUUUCGAGUUAAUAGUUACCAAGUUGAAUAAAUGCGUUGACAAAAUCUGGGCAAUAUCGUCAGCAAAAGUGCCCUUACGUUUUGAUACCGUACUGGACGACUCUCUGGUGGACGAUGUGUAUUGUGAUAGGGCGCACUUCAAUAUUCCCGAAGAUACCAGCGUAUGUAAUGCGGGUUUCUCAUAA